AUGACACUCUGGCGCGAGGCCCUCCGGUACGUUGUUGACACCAAAAACCUCAGCCCGCACAGCGCCAUCGAUCACAAAAUCCCGGACACUAUCUGGUAUGGCAAACCUCCCAGCACGGCAAACCUGAGAGCAUUCGGCUGCCGCGCCUGGCACACCACCCCUCGGCACAAGCGGGCAAAACUCGACCCCAAGGCCAAACCAUUCAUCUUUGUCGGCAUCGAAAACAAAACCAAGGCCUGGACGCUGUACGACCCAGAAACAACUUCGUUCUUCCAGAGCCGCGACGUCAGAUUCGAUGAGAACGUCUUCCCCGCUCGAGAUGCCCCGACUGGCCAACCGAAGCCUCGCGCGACGUCCACUGCUGGCGACUGGACCUUCGUUGACGCUGCACAUGGCUCCCGCACUGUCCCACGUCUGUCACUCCCGCCCGUCGUGCACGAAAAUCGAUUUGCCGCACUUGAGACCGACGCGAGCGACGACGCAACAAUCGAAAUGUCCGAUGAUGGUUUUGAUACCCCGUCCGACAUGUCCAUGGCUCAGUUCUCGCUGUCACCUCCUGCGUCGGACGUGACCGAUGACUCGGCCGACCCCAUCGACUUCCUGUCAUGCCCGUCUCGCGCCGCUGCCUUUGCCGCCACCACUGCAGAUUCACCGGUCGUCGAACUCGAAGGGCCAACCGAGGACCCCCAGAAUUGGUCGCAGGCGGUCAAGUCAGGUAAAGAGGAGAUCUGGAGGCAAGCAGCAGCCGACGAGUUUCACUCCCUUACCACCGAGUACAAAUGCUUCACCCCUGUUGACUCCUCCUCACUGCCCCCUGGCGCCAAAGUCCUCGGAUCCAGGUUCAUCUUCCGCACCAAACGCGACCAACUUGGCAAGAUCACUUCGCACAAGGGCCGGCUCGUUGCACAGGGAUUCUCCCAGCGCCCAGGUAUCGAUUACGACGAGACUUUUGCCCCUGUUGCCAAGUUCACCUCCAUCCGAGCUCUCAUCGCCCUGGCCGCCGCCAAGAAACUCCACGUCCAUCAGGCCGACGUUGACAAGGCAUACCUCCACGGCGAGCUGAAGGAAGACCUCUACAUGCGCGUCCCACAAGGUGUUGACAUGCCCGGUAAAGUCCUCAAGCUCCAUCGAUCGAUCUACGGCCUCAAGCAGGCCGGCCGAGUCUGGAACGAGCACAUUGACUUGACGCUGAAAAGCCUCCACUACCGCGCCACAGCCAAGGACCACUGCGUGUACGUACGACGCGACGGCGACCACUACCACUACAUCGCCCUCUACGUCGACGACUUGCUGAUGGUCAGCCCCUCGGAGGACGAGAUUGAGCGCAUCCUCAACGGCCUGGAGCAAAAAUACGGCAUCAAGUGACUUGGCCCAGCCCAGUACAUCUUGGGGAUCCAGAUCAAGCGACAGGCCGACAAGUCCAUCAUCCUGUCACAAGAGGCGUACAUCACGAGCAUCCUCCGCAGAUUUGGCAUGUCAGACAGCAGCCCCGCCUCCACGCCCAUGGCCCCGAACCGACAGCUCGAACAUUCGCUCGCGGAAACAUCCAAAACUGCUCGGACACGCUACAUGCAGGCUAUUGGAUGCCUCCUGUACGCCGCCACCGGUACUCGCCCGGACAUUUCCUACGCUGUCGGAUACCUCGCACGCUUCUCUGCCAGUCCCACACCCGAACACUGGACGGCCAUCAAGACCGUAUUUCGGUACUUACGUGGAACCGCACGUCUAGGCCUGCACUACAGCUCUGAACAAGGCAAGUUCUCAGGCUUCACCGGUUACUCUGAUGCAGACUGGGGAACCUGCACCACAUCGUCACGGUCGACCAUGGGGUACAGCUUCCACCUGGCCGGAUCUGUCAUCUCUUGGUCCUCCAAAGUGCAAAACCGUGUGGCCGACUCCACCACAGACGCCGAGUACCUCGCCCUCUCACACGCCUCCAAGGAAGCUGGUCACCUGCAAGAACUGCUUAUGGAACUGGGCAUCGACACACGAGCUCCCGUCCAGCUGUACGGCGACAACCAAGGUGCUAUUGCUCUCGCCAAGAACCCCACCCUUCACCACCGGUCCCGUCACAUUCGCAUUCGUGAGCACUUUGUACGCGACCAGGUCAGGCUGGGCACCAUCCAAGUCGACUAUGUGGACACGAAAACCAUGGUCGCCGACAUCUUCACCAAGGCACUUGGACCCUUGGUGUUCAAGGUACAUCGUGACAACCUGGGUCUUCGAGGCUAA